AUGGGCCCCUGUACCGCCUCCUCAUGCUGCUGCCAGGCCCGUAAUCUGCCAUGGGCCCCCGUACCGACUCCUCAUGCUGCUGCCAGGCCCGUAAUCUGUCAUGGGCCCCUGUACCGCCUCCUCAUGCUGCUGCCAGGUCCAGAGUGUGUCAUGGGUCCCCUGUACAGCCUCCCAUUGCUGCUGUCUCCAUCGCCACACUCUGCCAUGUGCCACUUUCAGGUCUCCUCACACUGCUGGUGGGUUCCAUUUUUUCAUAGGGUGCUGUAUGGCCUCCCAUUGCUGCUGCCUCCACCGCCACACUGUGGCUCCACACUCUGGUUUUGGCCCCGUGACUGCCCAAAUGAGUGAAGUGUGCGGUGAUUCUAAGAUCGACGGCACUCAUCUGCAUGUCAUACUGACUGACAGUAUUAUUUCUCUUCCCCAGCAGACUCCAAGGGCAUUUAAAUUAAAGGUACAGUGUUCUGCACUAAUAUAA